AUGGGCGUCUAUGUGUACGUAAAUUAACCUAAAACAACUUCUUCAUGUGUGUUUGCAUGCAGUACUUGUAACAAAGAAUGGCAUUUACUGUAAGAUCAUAAUGUUAAAGAGAUAAGCUUCUGAAAUGAAUGGCAACUGUGAGAAGAAUUACGUUCUUCAUUUCUCUGAUAUUGCCAAAGAAUAAAACAACAUAACAGAAAAUGUGAUUAAAAUUUAAGAUAAACUAACGAAAAUAUAAUGGUGAGGCAAAAGUUUCUUCUAGGAAAGUGGAUGAGAGUGCUUUGGUCUAUGCUUUGAGGGAACCAUUUUUGCACUUUCCUUUUUAAUUGUGUUUGUUUAUAGUAAUGGUCAAUCAAAAGAAACGGUUGAACACACAGCACACCUAUGCUUUUACACUUGUGAUUCUCUUCUGAGGUCAGCUACCUUGACUAUACUCAUGAUUUGUAAACCAUCUAAAUCAGUGCUGAAAAAAGCUGCAAUUUCUUAGUGAAGUGAAAAGUGGAUGUCCAUCACAAAUACUAUUUCAAAGAGACUAUCACUUCAAAAGUUCUCUAUUUCAAGGUACCUGGUAGCACACAGCGUAUCAUAAGGUAAAAAGAUGCCACUGCAUAACAUCUUGAAAAGAGCUUCAAGUUACAUCCUUGGAGUGCAGACAGGAACCCCUUCACCACCCUCCUUCGCUGAUGGAGAAACUAUUUUCUGUAAGAACAAUGUGUGUGUACAUCCACCAACCCUCCUGCGCCAGGCAUGUGACAUUGUGCACCACCCUGGUUACCUCACCAUUACAUGUCAACAGCAACAGCAACAGAAUGGCAAUACACGACCCACACUGCAGCUCAGCUGGAUACCAAACACUACACUGCGACGCAACCCAUGGACUGUUGAGAAAUCCUGCACAGAACUCACACAUCCUGCUCGAUCAGAGGAACAGGCUGCCACUACUCACAGAGACAAUAACUGUUCUGAAGAGACACGCCUCACAGCUGAUUAUCAGCGCCGGAGUUCGGCAGACAGUAGCAGUAGCAGUUGUAGUAACUUGAUAACACAACAGUCUCGUGAGACUGAGCAACAUACAGACACUGUCAUAAGCUCAACACAUUGCUCAGACAAAUUUAGACACCAUUUCAUAGAACAAAGACCACGCACAGAACGAGCAUGUAUUCCGGAUGAAAAUGGGCAGCAACAGAAACAAAGACCACAAUCACUGGAAUGCAAGAGGAGACUUAGCAGUCAAGAUGAUUUACUUGAGGUGCCAGAAACAGACAGUGAUCAGAAUAACAGUUCAGUUAUCAGUCCUGUUAUCAGCGUAGAAGAGAGUCAGGAUGAUGAGAAUGCAACCAACCACAACAUGAGUCAAACUAGUCGCUCCCCAUCCCUCACAUCUGCUUGCAGCUUGUCUCUUCCACCAACUGCUAUAGGUCCAGACGAGAUUCCACCUUGGAUGAGUUCACCAGAGUUAUUGGCCCUGCAGCAUAACCUCACUUUUCCAGAGAGUGCAACCGCAUCUCCCAUAGUUCGCCGCACCCAUCGUUGCCGGCGGUUCUCUGUAGACCUCGGUCAGAUGAGAUCACUGAGGUUGUUCUUCAAUGACAGUGCGUGUACAUGUGGACAACUGGUGGUGGCAUCCAGAGAAAGUCAGUAUAAGAUCCUUCACUUCCAUCAUGGAGGACUGGAUCGAUUAGCAACCGUACUCCAAGACUGGAAUUUCUUGCUACACAGUCCACAGCUCAGUGCAACUGACCAAUCGCAGCUACCAUAUCGUCACUUUAUGGUCUGCAGGCCAGAAGUGAGCCAGGAUGAGUUGCAUCCUGAGGAAGGUUUGGUACCCCCUGUGGGGCAAGAAGAGUGGUCCAGUCUCCUCAAUGAGGAUGGGCAACUGGAGGAUGAUCUCACACUCAGAAAGGGCAUCUUCUUUGGAGGACUGGAGCCAAGUAUCAGGCAUGUAGUGUGGCCUUUCCUUUUACACUGCUUUACCUUCCAGUCAACUUAUGAAGAACGUGAACAGAUUCUUGAAAUCCGUCAUCAGGAAUAUCAUGAGAUCACUCGAAGGCGUUUGGAGAUGGAGCCAGAGCAGCAGCAAAACUUCUGCCGCAAUGUUCAGUACAUUGUUGAGAAGGAUGUUGUACGCACUGACAGAGGGAAUCCUUACUUUGCUGGCGAGGAUAAUCCCAACAUUCAUGUUAUGAAAAACAUUUUGCUUAACUACGCAGUUUACAAUCCAGGGUUUGGAUACACUCAGGGUAUGUCAGAUCUGCUUGCUCCUGUGCUUGCAGAAAUACGCACUGAGUCUGAAGCAUUUUGGUGCUUUGUUGGUCUCAUGCAGAAAGCCAUCUUUGUUUGCACGCCAACUGACAAUGACAUAGACAGACACUUGAGCUAUCUGAGGGAACUCAUCCAUCUUAUGGUACCCCACUUUUACUCCCACCUUGAGAGUCAUGUUGAUGCCAUGGAACUUCUCUUCUGCCAUCGCUGGAUCUUACUAUGCUUCAAGCGAGAGUUUCCAGAAGUAGAGGCCCUGAAGAUGUGGGAGGCAUGCUGGGCAAACUACCUCACAGACUACUUCCAUCUCUUCCUUUGUCUUGCCAUCAUCAGUAUCUAUUCAGAUGAUGUUAUUGCUCAGGAUCUUCGCACAGAUGAAAUGCUUCUUUAUUUUAGUUCCCUGGCCAUGUUCAUGGAUGGUGAACUCAUUCUCAGAAAGGCGCGGGGUCUGCUUCAUCAGUUCCGUCAGAUGCCGCGCAUCCCAUGUACUCUGGGAAGCCUGUGUCAGUUGUGUGGCCCAGGGAUGUGGGACUCUACACAUGCUCCCAUUGUGGAAUGUACUGGCCAACACACUGAAGGCGAUGCAUGUCCACACCGCAGGUCACAGCAUCAGUAGCAACUGUAAUCAAGAGACGCUGUAUUCAUGUUUCACCUAUUUUCACAUACAUUCUUUAUAGAAAGACAAACUUUGAGAACUGACCAUUCAUAAAAUCCAGUUCUAGCUCAGUCACAUUCCAGCAGCAUACUGUUUGCAGUACACAGAGUGGGACAGAUCUUGCAGGUUCAAAUGAAUAAUAUGGAUGCUUGUAUUGUAUGUGUAUUCUUUGUAAUGAAAUAUAUGUGGAAAGAUAAUGUCUCACUGUUAGCAUUAUGAAAAUUUUUAACUUAUGUAGGAAUGUGGUCUCUUUGACAGUUACGUAAUUCUUCAGUUUGAUACGGAGAAAUAAUAGCUUGGCCAGUCAGAAGUUCAACCUGUGUCAUAGUAUAAGACCCAUCAACCUCAUAUCUAUUUAGUAUCACAGAAACACAGCAUUUAAUUUGGGGUCUGUUGAAUGAGGAAACAAUUCAUAUUAUGUUUUUUAGCACAAAAUAGGUAAGUAAUUUCACAAGUUUACCAGUUUAUCUAAAUUUAUUGUAGUGAAAGUUUAAUGUGUAUACAAAAGACUAGAAACACAAGUAACUGUAUUUUUAAAUAAAUACUAAAAGAUAUUUCUAUAAUGUGACCACAACAUUUUUUUAAAGCUGACAAGCUAUUUAUUCAACAGGAAACUGGUUCAAAAAUAUGUAAAAACAUUUAUUAUUGUUGCAUAUAAAAAUUAUUUUAUGGUCUGACAGGAAAACCGUUAACACUAAUCAAGUUUGCAUUUAAUAUUUUAUUUUGGCCAACAACAAAAUGUAGAACACCAGUGAUAGUAAUGAGAGUAGCUAUAAAAGUUUAUAUUGUAUAAAUAUGGUGGUAUUUGAAUCCUGGGCUCCUUCUC